AUGAUACAUCCGACAACACAGACUGAAGAAAUGCCCCGCUACAAAUUUCGCUUCCUCAAGUCUGCUGACUUCGACAACAAAUGCAACGAGAUCAAUAUUCUUAGUGAUGUCUUUGGCCGCCUUCGAGAGUACUCGACAACCGCAAGCCAUUCCAAUGGAACAACACAAACAGUCAGAAAAGAACUUCAAAUUAGCCUCCCAGGGGAAGAAAGGGUUCAAGUCACAUUACGUGGUGAAAUUAUAGAGCAAUUUAACAACAUCAUUGCUGCAAAUGCAAAUGAAGCAAUACUAUUGAUCAUCACUUCCAUCGUAGUUAAAGAAUAUAAAGGUUACAAAUUUUUGUCAACAACUACAGCCACCAGAAUCUACGGCAACCUCAAUAUUCCAGAGAUCUUGCCAGAUAAUAACCCACCUAAUGUCAUGGAAGUAGCAGUUCAGCCUCCCAAUCAAUAUAAUAUUGCUGACCAAGAGGAGCCACCACGGCUGACCCUGGAAGAACUUGAAGCAAGGAUGGCAGAUAUGGAAAACGAGGUAUUUUAUUAA